AUGACGACGCCGAGGACGCCGGAACCCCCCGGCGCUGCCGCUGCCGCUGCCGCUGGCGAGGCCGGGGCCUGCGGCGGGGCCGGGGCCGGGGCCGCGGGGCCGGAGCCGCGGUCGCGGCGGCUGCUGGAGGCGCUGCUGAACCGCAGCCUCCGCAUCCGCAUGUCCGACGGGCGGACGCUCAUCGGGGCCUUCCUCUGCACCGACCGCGACGCCAACGUCAUCCUCGGCUCCGCGCAGGAGUUCCUCAAGGCCGCGGACGCGUUCCCGGGCAGCGAGCCGCGGGUGCUGGGCCUGGCCAUGGUGCCCGGGCACCACAUCGUGUCCAUCGAGGUGGAGCGGGACAGCGCCGGCCCCCCCCCGCCCUGACCCACAUGUACCCCCCAGCCCCCCAUUAAAGGUGUGUGUGUGA